CUCGCCCAUUGCAUAGAUUUCUGAAUUUGGAAGUAAUGAUUACCUCUAGUACUGGAGACAAACAGGCAGAAGGAAAAAUGGAUCCCUUGUUUUGGCCAUCAGAAGCUAACAGGUUUCGACGAUUCACCCCUGAGUCCUUGGCAGCAAUCGAGGAAAGGAUUGCCAACAAAAAAAAGGAGCAAGACAAAGUUAAAGAGAAGACUAAGGAGACUAAAGAACAAGGAGUUGAAGAAGAUAAACUUACUCCUCAGCUUGACCUGAAAAUCUGCAAAACGUUGCCAUCUCUGUAUGGGGACAUUCCUGCAGAGCUGGUUGGGGAACCCCUGGAGGAUUUUGAUCCAUACUACAGUGAUCACAAGACUUUUAUGGUGUUAAAUAAAAGGAGGACCAUUUUCCGAUUUUCUGCCACACCUGCCUUGUUUAUAUUUGGUCCUUUUAAUCCAGUCAGAAGAAAGGCAAUUAAAAUUCUGAUCCAUUCAGUUUUUCUUGGCAUUAUUACAUUUACUGUGUUAGUCAAUUGUAUGACUAUGACUAUCCCUCACCUUGUAGAAACCAACUGGACUGAACAUGUUUUUACUGCUGUCUAUACCACUGAAAUAUUGAUUAAAGUAGUAGCAAGAGGAUUUGUUUGGAAUGAAUUUACUUUUCUUCGAGAUCCAUGGAACUGCUUGGAUUUUUCUAUUAUUAUUGUAAUGUACCUGGCUGCAUCUCAUAGUGUUGGCAAUGUUUCAGUUCUUCGAACUUUCAGAGUACUGAGGACUUUGAAAGCUAUUUCAGUAAUACCAGGUCUGAAAGUCAUUGUAAAUUCACUUGUUGAGUCUGUUAGGAAGCUCUUGGAUGUGCUGAUCCUGACUGUAUUUUGCUUGAGUAUAUUUGCACUAAUAGGCCUUCAGCUCUUUAUGGGCAAUUUAAAAUCCAAAUGUAUCCUCAAUAAAACUCUGUACAAUGACUCAUUAUGCAAGGAGGCCAAGAUAUAUGUACCAAAUGAUGCAGAGCAAUGCUUCAGAUUGAAAGACACUUCUGAAAUAUUGCUGUGUGAGUACAGUGGAGGUAACAAAAGUGGGUGUCCAGAGAACUACACCUGUGAGAGGAUUGGGAAAAAUCCUGACUUUGGUUAUACAAGUUUUGACCACUUUGGCUGGGCCUUCCUCUCUGUGUUCCGGCUGAUGACCCAGGACAACUGGGAGCGUCUCUACAGACAAACCAUCCGUACCUCUGGAGUGUCCUGCAUCUUUUUUUUUAUGGCAGUCAUCUUCUUCUGCUCAUUUUAUCUCUUCAACCUGAUCUUGGCUGUGGUAACCAUGGCAUAUGAAGAGGAAAACAGAGCAACCCGUGCUGAAACAGAGGCAAAAGAAAAAAUGCUUCAGGAUGCCAGACAAAUUAUAGAGAAGGAACAGAUGUUGGCUGUGGAAGAAAGCAGUAAGGCCUUGCAUGCUGCAUCUGAAAUGCCAGUUGCUGACUUGAAAAAUUCAGAAGGAAAAGAGAGUAAUAAAGAAACACCUACUUCAAGGCAAAACUUAAUUUCAAAUGACCAGGAAAAUGAGGAGCAAAUAUUUCGUUCACAGCCUGAUCGCUGCCACAAGAAGCUUAGGCAGAUCCUGCUGGACUAUGAGGUCUCAAUGGAUGCUAUCAAUGAUCCUGUCCGAAGACAGAGGUUAAUGAGUGCAGCCACAAUUCUUACAGAUAAUUCAAAGUCAAAACUGAACUGUCCUACAUUUUGGAAAAAUUUCCCUCAAAAGUAUCUAAUUUGGAAUUGUUGUCCAUUCUGGAGAGCAGUCAAAGAGAAGAUGAAAUUGGUAAUUUUUAAUCCAUUUGCUGAUCUCUUCAUUGUGGUUUGCAUUAUCUUGAAUACCUUGUUCCUGGCUAUGGAGCACCCUGGCAUGAAAGAUGAAAACCAAAAACUGAUUACUCUGAGUGACAAGAUCUUCACCCUGAUUUUUACUGCAGAAAUGAUCUUGAAAAUCAUUGCUCUAGAUCCUUACUACUAUUUCCAGGAAAAGUGGAAUGUUUUUGAUAGCUUGGUUGUUUUGAUUGGCCUAGCAAGCUUUGGAACAAAACUGUCACCUUUCAGGCUGCUCAGGAUCUUCAAAUUGGCAAAGUCCUGGCCAGCCUUAAACACUCUUAUGAAAAUAAUUCUACACUCAUUUGGUGCACUGAGUAACCUCACUCUGGUUUUGGCAAUCACUAUAUUUAUUUUUGCUAUAGUAGGAAUUCAGAUUUUGAGCAGUGAUUAUAGCAAAAAUGCCUGUAAUAUAAGCUCCAAUUGCAAAUUACGCUGGCAUAUGAAGGAUUUUAGUCAUUCAAUCCUCAUUAUAUUCCGAAUAUUAUGUGGAGAAUGGAUUGAAACUAUGUGGGAAUGCAUGGAAGUGGCUGGAAAAAGGAAAUGUGUCACCAUUUUCUUGCUCGUCCUGGUGCUAGGAAACCUGGUGGUGCUCAACCUGUUCAUUGCUUUGCUGCUGAGUUCAUUCAACAUUGAUGGCCCAGAGGCACAAGAGGAGCCUGGAGAAGGGACUAAAUAUCAGAUUGCCAUUGCACAGAUUCACAAGACCCUGAAGGCUGUGAAGGACAGAAUCUGGGAUCACUGCUGCAGGAGAAUGAGGGGAAGCCUCAGAAGAGCAAACAAAAAGAAGACUUUGGCAGAAGUUUCUGGGAAGGGCAUAGAGGUUACUAAUUGUCCCAUGACAGAUGUCAGGAAAUACAUAGACCACAGCUCCUUUGAUAUAGAGUGUGGCCAUAUGGAAGAGAGUUCCUCACUAGCAAGGAAAUAUGAAGAAAUUUUGACCAGCCCCAGUACCUGUGUUCCCAUUACAGAAGCAGAGGCUUACCCCAAGGAAGGGGAUGAGGGGCGCAUUUUGCACACAGCUGUAGAAUACAGGAAACAGGGAGACAAAUUAAGGAGAAGAGAACAGUGGAGGAAUUCAAACAGCUUCAAUCAGAGUUCUGGGACUUCUGAAACGGCAAACGCUUCCACUGUAACACACCCAAAGAAAGAUCAAAAAGAGAAAUAUCAUUCUGUUCGCAGCUUUUCUGAAGCCAGCACUGUGGAUCCAGUUGUUCUUCUGGAGAUGUUUUCCCAUACUAAAGACUCCCAGCUGCCCAAGGACUGCUUUGUAGAGAGUUGUGUUGAGUGUUCCCCAUGUUGUGUAGUGGACACCACCAAGUUUCCAGGCAGAACUUGGUGGAACUUUAGAAAAACCUGCUACAAAAUCGUGAACCACAGCGGGUUUGAAUAUUUUAUGGUUUUUAUGAUUGUGUUGAGCAGCGCAGCACUGGCAUUUGAAGAUGUUCACCUGCAGAAAAACAAAAAAGUGAAAAUAAUCCUAGAUUAUGCUGAUAUCAUAUUUACCUACACCUUUUUUACGGAGAUGCUUCUGAAAUGGGUGGCUUUUGGUCUGCACAGUUAUUUCACAAAUUCUUGGUGUUUGCUUGACUUCAUCAUUGUGUGUCUGUCCUUUGUUUCCUGGGGACGAAAUUCUGUUUCUGAAGAUGCCUCACCUUGUCCCUCUGGGACCAGCCUGAAAUCUCUCAGGACUUUCAGAGCACUGCGGCCUCUACGAGCUUUGUCAAGAUUUGAAGGGAUUAAGGUUGUUGUGAAUGCACUCUUUGGAGCCAUCCCCUCCAUCUUCAACGUUCUGCUUGUCUGCGUUGUCUUUUGGCUCCUCUUUAAUGUUCUAGGAGUCAAAUGGCUUGGAAGCAGAUUUUGGAAAUGCACACACAAAGUAGAAAAUACUGAUGACAUUUAUGGCAAAAAUGAUUGUCUUGCCUUGAAUUGGACAUGGACAAAUGCUGUUGUAAAUUUUGACAAUGUUGGCAUGGGUUACUUGGCUCUUCUCCAAGUGGCAACUUUUAAAGGUUGGAUGGAUAUUAUGUACGCAGCAGUGGAUUCACGUGAGAUUGGUCAACAGCCACAGUUUGAAGCACGCUUACACAUGUAUGCAUUCUUUGUGGUUUUCAUUAUUUUUGGAUCUUUCUUCAUGCUGAACCUUUUCAUUGGAGUGGUUAUCAGCAAUUUUAACCAGCAAAGGAAAAAGAUAAGUGGGAAAGAUCUAUUUUUGACUGAGGAACAGAAAAAGUACUAUAGUGCCCUAAAAAAACUUGGAUCCAAGAAACCCCAAAAACCCAUCCCAAGACCAGCGAAUGCAUUCCUAGGAUUGCUGUUUGACAUCGUAAAUCACAAAGCUUUUGAUGUCACCAUUGUGAUUUUCAUCUGUCUAAAUAUGAUCGUUAUGAUGGCAGAAAACACUGACAGACACACCAAGGAGGUUCUUAAUAAAAUCAACUAUUUUUUUGUGGCUGUAUUCACUGCAGAAUGUGUCUUAAAAAUACUGGCCUUAAGGCACUACUACUUUGGAAGUGGCUGGAACGUGUUUGAUUUCAGUGUUGUGAUCCUUUCAAUAGUGAGUCUUGGAGUUUCUGAAGCGUUUCAAUCUUUCUUCUCCCCGACGGUUUUGAGAACUCUUCGUUUGGCGCGGGUCGGCCGAGUCCUCAGAAUAGUUCGCAAAGCCAGAGGGAUUCGAACUCUUCUUUUUGCACUGCUGAUGUCCCUUCCUGCCCUGGUCAACAUUGGCCUUUUGCUUUUCCUGAUCAUGUUCAUUUAUGCCAUUGUGGGCAUGGCAAACUUUGCCUGUCUCCCCGAGGAUGGUGGGAUUGAUGACAUCUUCAACUUCAAAACAUUUUGUGGUAGCAUUCUCUGCCUCUUCCAAAUUACCACAUCAGCUGGCUGGGAUAAUCUUCUGGCCCCUGUGCUAAGGGAAUCUGAUAAAUGUGCUCUCCAAUUAGAUGCAACAGGGACAAAGAAAAAUAAUUGUAUAAAUAAGGGCUUUGGUAUUUUAUAUUUUGUAAGCUAUGUCAUUAUAUCGUUCCUCAUUGUUGUGAAUAUGUACAUAGCAGUAAUUUUAGAGAACUUCAAUGUUGCCACUGAGGAGAGCACAGAUCCUCUUUGUGAGGAUGACUUUGAUAUGUUUUAUGAGACAUGGGCAAAGUUUGACCCUCUGGCUACGCAGUUUAUAGAUUAUUCUGCUCUCUCAGACUUUGCAGAUGCUCUGGCAGACCCCCUGCGCAUCCCAAAGCCCAACAAAAUCCAGCUCAUAGCCAUGGACAUCCCCAUAGUUAGUGGAGAUAAGAUCCACUGCUUGGAUAUCUUGCUGGCUUUCACUAAAAAGGUCUUGGGAGAAGCUGGAGAUAUGGAGGGUCUUGAAUUAAACAUGGAAGAAAAGAUUACAGCUGGCAAUCCAUCUAAAAGUUCUUACAGCCCAAUUUCUUCUACCCUUAAAAGAAAACAAGAGGAAGUGUCAGCUCUUGUUAUUCAAAAGGCCUUCAGGAGAUAUUUGAGACAACGUUCUCUUGAAAAUACAUCCUUGUACCAUUGUAAACAUAACAGUGCUGUCUUUGGACGAGAAAUACAGGACAAGCAAAGUCUUCUUGAAUCACUGCUUAAUGAAAACCAUGGGAGGAAGGCAGAUAAACUACGUCCUGCUUCUUCCAUAUCCCUCCCUUUAUUUUAUGAUGGCUUUGCUGAGACAGACAGCAAUAAGCUUGACACAUGAGGUCACCCCUGGCUGCAGCAUUUCCAAUUAAACCAAUGUCACUUAUUUUCAGAUGGAGAGCAUAUUUUGAUCCCACAAAUACUCUACAUUUAGAAUAAUACUGGCAGCCUUUAAAUAUUGUAAUUGUUCAGAUUUGCAAUUGCUCCUUUAAUUGAACAACUAUGUCAUAAAUAUUAGAGGAAAAUCUCUAACCAUGGAAUUUUUUUUCCUCAGCUACUGGAGUUGGUGAGUUAAUUUUUUCAGCCGUCAUUUUCAUAUUAUUUCAUGUGUUUACAGAAGAAGUCUAUAAAAGAUCAAUUGUAAGCACUUAUUUAUAAACACACAAGGAUAUAGAAUAAGGUAUAUGUCUUUAGGGAGAACCAAUUUUUCAAAAAGGCUUUAUUGUAGCAAAAUUAAGUAAUAACUGCACUUCUGUAAAAGAGCUCACUCACGACACUUGAGUAUAAUCAGCUUCUAAUUUUGAUGUUUUUGGGACAAUCCUUCUCCUAAUAUCUUUGAAUAGAUUUGUUUAUGUCUAAGAAUUUUUGAGGUGCCUUUACACAGCCACCUAAAGGGAUUUAACAGAUCAUCCUCAGUUGCCUUUGUCUGAAAGUUGUACAUAAUUUGUUCUUUGUACCUUUCAGUGUAUGAAAAUUGUUGUAAUCAUAAUUAAAAUCAAAGAAUGUUGUGCAGGAGAUAUUGUUUCCAGAAAGGAAUAAUUGUGCAUAAAAUUCCAUCAUUAUACUUUAUCCCUAGAAAGCACUACUUACUAAGCUGAAAAGAAGUUCCUGGUGUAUCUUGUGAGGUAGGAUUUAUUAAAUUUAGA